AGCUUUGUGUCUGUUGCGGCCCUUGGCUAACACUGCGCGGUGAAAGUGGUUCUUCCUAACCGCUGACAGGCUCUUUAAUCCGGUGUAAGCUGACUGACGCUCUCUACCAGGAAAGUAAUCGUGUGAAAUGAAGAGAAAAGUCGCACUUUGAGGCAAAGCUGCGGUUACACAGCGAAACGUGGAUCCUGCGUCAGUCAGCUCGAGGAUUGGGACACUUUCAAAGUUGCUCAGAAAUCACAAAUUCUGGUCAAUAUUUACAAAAGCAGGUUAGUGAUUAACUGUGCUGGGUUGCAGCAGCUGCACACAGUCCCAGCACAGAGUCCCAGCACAGAGUCCCAGCACACAGUCCCAGCACACAGGCAGCGAGCAGCUCGGCCACUCAGUCCGCUUCACAAUGCUGUGCGUCCGGGCAUGGAGAGGUCUGAGUCCCCUGCGCACAGGAGCUCACCUGUCGGCAUGGAAACAAACCCAGAGCUACACAGCGGCUGCUAACCUGGACCUCAGCGGGAUCUAUCCGCCCAUCGCCACCCCGUUCACCGCAGAGGAGGAGGUGGACUACAAGAAACUGGAGGGAAACCUGCAGAAAUAUGCCAAGAUAGGGUUCAAAGGUCUGGUGGUUCAGGGCUCUAACGGUGAGUAUCCGUACCUGACGGAGGAGGAGCGGGUGGAGGUGGUGAGGACAGUCAGACAGUCGCUGCCGGCGGACAAACUGCUGAUGGCCGGAUCAGGUUGUGAAUCCACGAGAGCCACAGUCCAGCUCACGGAGAAGAUGGCGGCGGCCGGAGCCGACGCCGCCCUCGUGGUAACGCCCUGCUUCUACAAGGGCAAGAUGGACAGCCGUGCUCUGAUCCAGCACUUCACCAAGGUGGCGGACAGCAGCCCGGUGCCGGUGGUUCUGUACAGCGUGCCGGCCAACACGGGCCUGGAGCUGCCGCUGGACGCUGUGCUGCAGCUGUCUCAGCACCCAAACAUCCUGGGCCUGAAAGACAGCGGAGGAGACAUCACACGGAUCGGCCUGAUCGUUCACAAAACCAAAACGCAGGAUUUCCAGGUGUUGGCGGGCUCAGCAGGGUUUCUCAUGGCCGCCUACUGUGUCGGUGCAGUUGGCGGAGUGUGUGCGCUGGCUAACGUGCUAGGCCCGGAGCUGUGUGAGUUGGAGCGCCUGUGUGUGUCCGGUCGCUGGGAGGAAGCCAGAGUCCUGCAGCAGCGUCUCAUCGAGCCCAACGCAGCCGUGACCAGGAAGUUAGGAGUUCCCGCCCUCAAGCAGGCGAUGGAGUGGUUUGGUUACCACGGCGGCGCCUGUCGAUCACCUCUUCAGGCGCUCACAGAGGCUGAGACGCAGCAGCUGAGGCGGGACUUCUCCUCCAACGGCUGGCUGUGAGACUGGAUGAUGGAUCAAUCAUUGUGUGCCACUGAACCGACAACUGCUGAAGAACGACGUCCUGUUUUUAUUCCUUCUUCUGUUUCCUUUACACUCAAACAAAUCACCACAAAGCUGUUAGUUCUACAAAUUCAGUGAGGUCAGAGAAAUGUUGUGCAGGAAGUGUUGUAUAUACACUUGUUUUGACAAUAAAACUGCAUUUUACUUAAAUAA